UGGCGCUUUUAGCGGCAAUUUUCGGAACUGACCUUGAACAGUAAUUUUUUAGUUUUUUACUUUUGUUUUUGCCAUUUUUCAUUUUUCAAUUUGCAUUUUGUUUAUAUUCGUAAAAUGUAUCUAUACCUUCGAAUCAGACAUCAGAUUUGCAGGCAUUCAAAUUAAUUCCUAUACGUGCAGCAGUUCAUGAUAUCAUAAUAAUUUAAUUAUCAAUUCGGCAUGUAGCCCUCUGCGCUCGUUCUACCAGUUCUGCGCGGACAGGACACGACCACUGACUAUACAAUACAAUAACCCAUUGCCUUGGUGCCAGCUGAUACUGCUGAUAGCUAGUUUGCCGGCGCCUCGGCAACGCGACUCUUCUAACAUUAUCAAGUCAGCAAGACAAAGUAUCAAAAGAGGCUUCUCUAUUGAAGAAAUUCAAUGCGAAAAUGGCUUCGUCACAUGUGGAUUGGGGGAAGUUCGCCGAGGAGCAAGCAAAGCUGGACGAAAAGGUGACAAAUCUAAAUAUCAACCCGGCCAAAGAAGCAACAAAGGAAAGGGUGGCACCACAACAAAAUGAUGAUGAGAGCAGGGAGCACAUUAAUCCAGCAGAAAAGUCACUGCUGCAAAAAAUUAUAAGGAAAGGACUGGUGGAGACUACAAAACCCUUGGAAAUUCAACGCAAAAAUCCUAACUCUCCACUCUACAGCAUCAAAAGUUUUGAAGCUUUACACUUAAAGCCAGAGUUGUUAAAAGGUGUUUACGAUAUGGGUUUCAACUCUCCUUCUAAAAUCCAGGAGACAGCGCUACCUACGCUACUGGCCGAUCCUCCACAAAACAUGAUUGCUCAAUCACAGUCAGGAACCGGAAAAACUGCAGCAUUCGUGUUAGCUAUGCUGAGUAGAGUAGAUACAAGCAAGAUGUAUCCACAAAUUUUAUGUCUUUCUCCCACUUAUGAGUUAGCGAUACAAACAGGAGAAGUCGCAGCUAGAAUGUCAAAAUUCUGUCCAGAUAUAAAGUUAAAAUUUGCAGUUAGAGGAGAAGAAAUGGCAAGAGGGAGCAAAAUCGAGGAACACAUAGUCAUUGGAACACCAGGAAAAGUUCUGGACUGGGCUCUCAAAUUCAAAUUUUUUGAUUUGAAGAAGAUAUCUGUGCUGGUUUUGGAUGAGGCUGAUGUUAUGAUCGCCACUCAAGGCCAUCAAGACCAGUGCAUUCGAAUACAUAAAAUGUUACCUCAAACGUGUCAGAUGAUGUUUUUUUCUGCAACAUACGACAAAGAAGUGAUGGAUUUUGCUGAGAUUAUUGUCAGUAAUCCGAUAAUUAUUCGGCUCUUGAAAGAAGAGGAGUCAUUGGAUAAUAUUAAACAAUAUUACGUUAAGUGUAAAGACCCUGCUGAAAAAUAUCAAGCUAUUACGAAUAUUUAUGGCGUGAUCACAAUUGGGCAGGCUAUUAUUUUCUGUCAUACAAAAAAGACUGCUAGCUGGUUAGCUGAAAAGAUGACUAAAGACGGGCAUUCGGUUGCCAUUCUGUCGGGUGAUCUGACCGUGAGUGAAAGAAUUUCUGUUUUAGACAGAUUUAGAGAAGGAUUAGAAAAGGUUUUAAUAACUACCAACGUUCUUGCGAGAGGUAUUGACGUAGAGCAAGUAACGAUAGUUGUUAACUUUGAUCUACCGAUGGAUCAAAACAGAGAGGCAGACUGCGAGACUUAUUUGCACAGGAUAGGAAGGACGGGUCGAUUCGGUCAAUCCGGUAUAGCGAUUAACUUGAUUGACUCGCCUCAUGCUAUGCAAUUAUGCCAAGACAUUGAGCGGCACUUCAAGAAAAAAAUUCACUUUUUGGACGCGGAAGAUGCCGACGAAAUCGAAAAGAUCGGUGCUUAAGCAACUUUGAACAUGUAUUGUUUAGUUAUAUAUGCUGUACAUUAUUAAGCUGUAAUUAAGUUUUCAAGCGACAGAGUCCUAUGUAACAAAAUCAAUUUCUCAUAAUAUAUUUCUUUUUGCUAAAUAAACUUA